CUCUUUUGAUAAAAGCUUAAGGGAGUGAACUCUUUUGAUAAAAGUUAAAGGGAGUGAACUCUUUUGAUAAAAGCUAAAGGGAGUGAACUCUUUUGAUAAGAGCUAAAGGGAGUGAACUCUUUUGAUGAAAGCUGAAGGGAGUGAACACUUUACAUCAAACCUAAAUAUGCUCAGACCUUUUGAAAGCAUAAUUUUAGAAAAAUUUAUUGCUAAAAUAAGGAAUUUGAAGAAAUCAUAGAAAAAGUCUCAAUGAAAUUUUUAAUGAGAAGCACGCAUAUUUUUAAAACCAAAAAGGAAGCAAACUGCUUUAAAGAAGAAGUUGUAAAGUCUGCAUAUUCUCAAGCUGAUACAGAGGAUUAUUUUUUUUCCCUUAUAGAACUGCUGACAGUUUGGCAUAACAUAAAGUUUAAUGCGCAUUAAUUCCCCUGCAAGUGAAGUGCAUUUCUGCAGAGGGGUUUAAUUGAAAUCUUUCCUAAUUCAGCUUUUAUACAAUUGUUAUUCAAUACGCGUUACAGACUGGGAUUUUCGUAUGAUCGACAUAUGGAGAAUGGUUCUAUGACAGGAACGAUUAAGCGUUAAAAUCCUCCGAUAAAGACAUGCUGAAGAAAUUCACUUGAUUUUUGUUUUAUCAGGAGGGGAUUACAAGGUUCAAGCCACCAUAAAGCAAAAGUCUUGAAAAUAUCCUAAGUCUGUAUUACCUUAAAUUUCCCCUCUACCAACAAAACUGCAUUUAAUACCUUUAAUUCUACUCAAUAAACUUCUGUUAUACAAAUACAAAGAGAAUUUAAAUUAAAUUAAGCCAUAAAAAUAUUUAAUCAUGAAUACACCAACAUUAAACCCUCGAGAUUUCGAGUAUUUAACACAGAGCGAUCAGGAGUACCUGUAUACUAUUGAAAGAUUGUAUCUACUGAAUAGUGGUAAACUCAAACACUUCCAUGUGUUAGGUCCUUGGCACCAGGUCACGUCAAGUCAGUUAAAUAAAAUCGUUGAACGUGUAGCAACUCCAAAUCCUCGUCCGUGCUCAAGGGGACAUGUCAAAGGUUUAUGGUGUGUUGAAGACCCGGAUUAUUUAACCGGACCAAAAAUAUUAAAAUAUAAAGGAUCAGAAGGAAGCACACCAAGGAGCGGUUCGUCUACACCGAAAUCUUCAAGGAAAGUUAAGAUUCAAACAACGCCAAGAAAUAAAUACUCGGUUCCGAGAAAGUAUCAAAUAGUUCCUAAACCUACGCCUUGGAUUAUAAUGGAACCAUCAAAGAAGAAGAAUUUUAUCGUUGACGACCCACCAGAUCCAUCAUACACCGAUAGACAAAAAUCAGCGAGCUUGCCACGCUCGGCUCAAACCCGCAGGUCAACAGCGACAACUCGGCCGAGCACUGGUGCCAGCUCGAGGUACAUCACAAGCCAGUACAGCGUUACGGUCUCGCACAAUGAACUUAACGCUAUUGUUGAACGAGUGACAAAACCAACCCAUGCCAGCAAAGGGGGCGUAGAUCUUCAAGAAAAAUUCAGAAACAAAGAUUACGUCUACGGAUCAAGGACCUGUACUCCAAAUAUCAAACAUAUUGCUCAACCAACCAUAUCGAGUAAUGGCGGUAAGGACAUCGCAGAAAAGUUCGAGAACAAGGAUUAUGUUUAUGGAUCAGGAACAGUAACUUCGGAAAAACUAGAUACAAUCGUUAGCAGAGUUACCCGUCCUACUGUUGCAAGUUCUGGAGGGGCUGGACUAGAGAGAGAGUACACCAAUUUUAUCUACGGUGACCAGAAAGUAUCGAAAGAUGAAAUGCAAGGAAUAACGGAACGUAUGACUAAACCAACUGUUUCGAGUCGAGGAGGGGUCGAUUUACAGGAUAAGAAAUUUGAAUACAUAAAACCGGCAAAAGUAAAAACAAACAUCAUAAUUCCAGGUCUUGAUCAGAAAUUUAUCGGACGGAGAAAAUUGUCGCAAGAGGAGUUGAAUCAAAUAGUUGACAGACUUUCGCAACUUACUCCUGCAUAUAAGGCAAAAUUUUCCGUCAAUCCUCAUGUAUGGAAGGACGAAUCAGCCAGAACUGGCCCCGCCCACCAGAGGGAGGGUAUAGCCACUUAAUACGGACUUUAGUGUACAAGUGCAUCUAUUAGAAACAAACUAACUAUUCAUCUAUAUUAAAUUUGAGUGCUAAUGAUUAGAGUGAAAUGAUUUCGCUAUGGUUAUUAAUAAUAGAAUAAGGUCAGGUGGAAGAGUCAUCAAGCCUCUGACUUAUUUUAACUCAGUUUACUAUCGACUGAUAAGAUUUCAUGAUUGAGGCUUAAUAUACAAUUCCAAAUAUGAGGCAACUUCAAUCAUUCUUCAUUUUUUAUGCAAAAAUAAGAAAAAUGAUUAAACAUAAUGUUUCUAUAAGCACCAAAUAAGUAUAGUGAAGUCAUUUGUGUGUUUUAAAGCUGCAUGCCUCCAGAUGAGCCAAAAUAUUUCAAACUUGUGCUAAAAUUUAAGACAAGUAAAAGAUUCAAUAUUCAUCAGGUAUAAUUUACAUGUUCUGUGCGAUUUAUGACUGAUUUUGCGGUAUUUAUCACCAUAUUUCUACACUGUAUUAUGAAUGGCUAUUUUUGCAUAUUUUGACCUCUUUUUGGUAUUACUGACUUGGAUUUUACAAGGAUUGUAAGUGCCAUUUGCAAUGUGUAAAUUAUUUUCUUUGUUCACUUCACAAUAUUUUACUUUUAAAUACAUUUUCAAAAUUUUCAUGAAAAUUUGCUUAAAUUAGAGGCAUGCAGUUGCUUUAAUUAAAGUUUAGUACAUAUUAUAGUGAUAGAUAACAUUUUGAAUCAAUCAGUUAAUACCAGAGUGAGUGAUUCACACUAAAUAUUGUGCUUAUCUAUUUAUUGACACAAAAAAGUGAAAUUCGUUAUCAAUGUAUUCAAAAGCACACAUAACACACAAAAUUCUCCUACAUUAAGUUUAGAUCAAAACGACCUAAAUCAUUUUUAUCAAGAUUUAUCACAGAAUAAUUUAAUUUAACUUUAAUCAUUUUGCAUUUCUGUAAAUGAAAAUUUCUUUUACAUGUUUCUCCAGUUUAAGAAAAUGCGAAAGAAAUAUGACCAAAGUAAAAUUGAUUUUAUUUAGGUUAAAUAUUCUAAAAGGGUUCCAUGCAGUCUUAAGGACUGGCAUUUUUUGUAGUGAAAAUGGAAUAAAUAUCUCAUAAAGAAGUGGAUUUUUAUAAAAUUCAUUAUCAUAUGAUAUCAGUUAAAUGGAAUGUAUUUAAGGCAAGUCCAUUAAAUUUACACAAAUUCAGCACAGUUUAGUGUAAAAAUCUUAUCAUUCUGUAAAUGUUGCAAGAAAACUUCUCACAAAACAACACAUUUAAAAAAUAUAUAAAAAGAGUACCAAUCUAUGUAAUUCAAGCUAUAUAUAAGUAUAUUAAUACCAUUAAAUCAUCUUUAUUUAAUUUGUUUGUGAUUAGAACUGUUUUACUACAAUAUACUGAUAUAUGUAUUUAAUAGUGUUUGUUUUUUCCAUUUUUAUUUUAAUGUAAAAUUGAUUUCAAAAUUUAUCAGUCUACAUUCUUGUCAGAGGAAAUUUUUCUUUACUUUAAUUAAAAAAUCAUUUUAUAAUGCUCUUUAGAUAUACUCUGAUCUCCCCUUAUGACUAACUCUCGAUCAAUCUUUUUAAAAUGAAAUGAUUUAAUUGGCUGAUACACUCAUUCUCAAAUUUGAAACUGACCAAUGGUAGACUAGAUUUUAAACCAGAUUGUAACCAGUCCAAUAUCACUUCACUGAAACCAAUAUUUUUCUUCUGCUCUGCUACAUCUUUUAAGUAAGAACAUUUUGGAAUGUUCUGUACCUGUCAAAAUAUUGACUGGUCUGCAAGUUCUAGAGAUUGUUUCUUUUAGCAACAUUCCAGACUGGAUUACAAGUGUUGAAGCAACAUUCUGCAAGAAGCUUGUAGAAAUGUUCUGUAUACAAUUUAAUGUCUAUUUUCACAACUUCAGGGUGAUUGUUUAGCAAAUUACAGAAUAUUUCAAAAGUUUAAAUCUGUAGGUUUCUGAACUGGGUGUGCCUAGCUGUAC